AUGGCCACCCAAACUCUCGCAACCUGGUCCACCACCCUAACAUACUCCACCCUCCCCCCAUCCGUAAUCCACGCCGCAAUCCGCAGCUUUUACAACUGGACCGGCUGCACAGUAGGAGGCAGCACGCACCCGGCAAGCAAAAUCGCCCUAAAAGCCCUAUCCCGGUUCUCGGGUCCGCCAACCUCGAGACUAUUAGGUUCUGAUGGCAGCGUCGAUGUAGAUGCCAUGCAUGCAGCGCUGUUAAAUGGCAUUGCAUCGCAUGUACAUGAUUAUGACGAUACGCAUCUCGACACGGUUAUUCACCCGACGGGGCCUGUGGCAUCGGCGUUGUUGGCGGUUGUGCAGAGUCUGGAGAGAGAGGUUUCUGGGGAGGAGUUUAUCACCGCGCUUGUGGUUGGUGUGGAGGGGGAGUGUAAGGUUGGGUUGGGGGUUUGGCCGGGGCAUUAUGAUGUUGGAUGGCACAUAACAAGCACAACCGGCUCCAUCGGCGCCGCCCUCGCCGUCUCCAAAAUCCUCAAUCUAACCCCCCACCAAACCGCCCACGCCAUCGGCCUGGCCGCAACACAAGUCACCGGACUCAGGGAGAUGUUCGGCUCACACACGAAAUCCUUUCAUCCCGGACGUGCCGCGCAAAAUGGUCUUUUGGCUGCUGUUCUUGCCGCGGAGGACUUGACUAGUUCCACGACCGCGCUGGAAGCGAAGCGUGGUUGGGCGAAUGUUGUUAGUAACCAGCACCGGCAUCGGUUGGAUGAGCAGAUUGCUACCCUGGGGGAUGGGGAGAAGGGGAGGUGGGAGAUUGUCCGGAAUGCGUUUAAGCCGUUUCCUUGUGGAAUUGUGGUUCAUCCUGUUAUUGAUGGGUGUAUACAAAUACACGAUGAGUUAUUUCGAGAGGGGAUUGACAUUGAAAGGGUUGUUUCUGUGGUGGUACAGGUUCAUCCACUUGUCGUUGAAUUAACGGGGAAGACUGCGCCGAGGGAUGGAUUGGAGGGCAAAUUUAGUGUUUAUCACGGUGGUGCGGUGGGGUUGCUGUUUGGGAAAGCUACGCCGGCGCAGUAUGAAGAUGAUGUUGUGCGAGAUUUGAGAGUUGUGGCUGUUCGUGAGAAGAUUCAGGUUGAGGUUGAUGGGGGUAUAGAGGCUGAUGAGUGUCGUAUUGAGGUUAGACUGGAUAACGUUGAUGGGGAUGUAAAGACUGUGCAUGUUGAGCAUGCGGUGGGUAGUUUGGAGAGGCCCAUGACUGACGCUCAGUUAACGGAGAAGUUUUUGGAACAUUGUUUGCCGGUGUUAGGGCGGGAGAGAACUGAAAAGGCGAGUCAAUGGUGUUGGGGAUUGGAGAAAGUAGUUGAUGUCCGUUGCAUAAAGGAUGUGUUGUAG